CUCAAAUACAGGCUUGCAGUAGCUUCAUCUUCAGAAAAAAGUAAAGUGACGACCGAUCGGCAGACAAACAAAUAAUCGAGCCCCUGCAUCCGAAGCAUUCUAUAUAAGCCAAUUGUUAAAGACCGCCAAAUCCCGCCUCGCUCGUACUUCACCCACUCUACUCAAUUUCAAUAUGGCCGUUACUUUCGACAUCUCGCCGGCAAAAGAAGCAGGCAUCCUGCGCCUGUUCCACAGCCAAUUAUUCGUCACACCCCCUCCCCUCACUCGCCGCGAUGUCGACCUAAGCGGUAAAACAGCCAUCGUCACCGGUUCCAAUGGCGGCUUGGGGUUGGAAACCGCGCGACAGCUUCUGGAUCUGGGAUGCAAGGUUAUUCUUGCUGUGCGGAGGGUGGAGAGAGGUGAAGCCGCGCGUAAGGAGCUGCUUGAGGGCCGGGAUGCACAAGCUACCGAGAUUGAGGUGUGGUCUCUGGAUCUCUCGUCCUAUGAGUCUGUUUUGAGCUUUGCGGAGCGCGCUAAGAUCCUUGAUCGGCUUGAUAUCGUGGUCCUCAAUGCUGGGCUCUACAAGGUCAAUCAAACUAUGACCGCCAGUACGGGCUACGAAGAGAGUAUCCACGUCAACUAUCUCGCCAAUGUCCUCCUUAUCACCCUGUUAGCGCCAAUCGUCAAGGAAAAGAAGACCGGCAACACCCCCGGCCGAAUCGUACUGGUAUCCUCGGACCUGGCUGCCUGGGCCAAGUUCAAGGAGAGAAAGUCCAACCCGAUCCUCCCAACAUUCAAGCAAAAAAUGACCCCAAAAUGGGACUAUCUCGAGCGCUACGGUACAUCCAAGGUCCUGGGCCAGUUUUUUGUGGCGGAAUUGGCAAAACGCGUGUCGCCGGAUGCCGUCCUCGUCACGACCACCAACUGCGGUUUGUGUCAUAGUUCGGAGCUUUCACGUGAGGGACAAGGCCAUCUUAUAGGCCAUGUCUUUAAUGUGGUUAGUCGUUUAUUUGGUCGUUCUUGUUCUGUCGGUGCUCGCGUAUUUGUUCACGCAGCUGCGAGUCCUGUUUUGGGUGCGAGCGUGCAUGGGCAGUAUGUGGAGGAUGCAAAAUUGAAACCCAUGUCACCACUCAUAUACAAGCCCGAAGCUAUGCAGCUAGGUCAGAAACUGUGGGAAGAGACCUUGGAUGAACUUUCGUUUGUGGGGGCCAGGGAAAUUAUUGAUAGCCUUUCCAAGUAGCUCUAUUUGUCUAUACACCAAUACACUUUAUCCUAAUACCAAGCCAUAGCCAGUUCAGUGUUAGGCACGUGAUAUCACGUGAUAUCACGUGGUGUGAGCACGAAAUGUUUGUACAACCUCAAAUGCAACGUACGCAGGGGAAGAGACACAACGCAGAUUGUCGGUGUCAAGGUGAGAUUCCAAAUCCAGAGCGUGCAGUCGAGGUCUACUGUCACAUCCCAGUCGUUCCCGCUGCAACCGCGAGUACUGAAUUUAUUUUGAGUUCCCGACACCGCCGCCGAGUCCGUGUAUCCCGGGCUACGUAUCUUUAUCUGGGCGAGGCGCAAGUGUCAGUUGUGUAAGCGCCUAGCUAGC